UCUCACUUCCUUUUUCACGAGUUUAGCAGCGGAGUUAUUUUGAACAAUCGAUCUGAAAAAAAAAAGGCUAGCGUAAAGCAACGGUUAUUGUUGCUACGGUAACAGCGACGUUUCUGAUUGGUUGAAAUCCAUCCAGUGCUAAAAGUAAUGUAACUAGUGUACUAAGUGUGCUAGGGCGUACAUCCGGGAAUCUGUGUAUAAAAAGCUUGUUUUUUCUAGAGCGAGAGAGCGAGAGAGAGAGAGAGAGAGAGAGAGAGAGAGAGAGAAGAACAGCUUUGUUUACUUCAGCAUGCAAUCCUUCUCUCACGAGCUGCAGAAUUUCUCAAGAGCGCGCCUCAAAAAACAGAGCACGCGCAUCACCAUGGCAACCGGGAAGAUCCUCGUGGAAACGCGAAGCGACGACAACGACGGUUAUAUAACAGAAGUCGCAGACGAGAGCGCCGCCUACGGGUUUGUCCAAGAUAUGAGUUUAGACCUUCAAGUGGGAGUCAUUACUCCCUUUCUCCUGCUCUCCUCACAAGAUGCUGCGAGUGACAUGGAGACUUUGAAAAAAUUCAAGGUAUCUCACGUGUUGAACGUUGCAUGUGGAGUAUCGAAUUCCUUCCCUGAGCAGUUUAUUUAUGAAACUGUUCCCAUCACGGAUCUACCAGAGACACAGCUCACCUCCUACCUCCCACAGUGCUUUGAGUUCAUUGACAAUGCCAGAAAACAGGAUGGAAUUGUGUUGCUCCACUGUAACGCGGGUGUGUCCCGCUCUGCCUCUGUUGCCAUCGCUUAUCUGAUGGCGAAAAAUAAGCUUCCCUUUCAGGACGCGUUUCACAGAGUCAAAUCAGCUCGACCUUCAAUACAGCCAAAUGCUGGCUUCCUCAUUCAGCUGAAGGAGUAUCAGCCAUGAUCACUUACUGUCAUUGCAGCUCUUCAUGUAGUUUGGACAUUUAAAAUUUAACACGUAUUUAAAACUCAAAUUUCUGUAAACUGCAUCAAGCUGAAACGACAUGGUAAAUGCCACUGCAGAACUGCUUACUGCAUUUUUUUCUCUUUUUUUGAUAAUUAGAAUUUUAAGAUAUAGAUUUUGCAUAGAAAUCAAUUUCAAAUUCAAAUUUAUUUGUAUAGCACUUUUAACAAUUCCCAUUGUCUCAAAGCAGCUUUACAGAAGUAUGGAAUUAAUCAACUUAAAAAGAAAGGAUUGAAGUUUUACUCAUUUUUGAAUCCACAUUAGUUGUAGUAGAUUUUUGUAUAUAUAUAUA